AUGACCUACGCCCGCCUUUACGCCGCGCUGCUCGCGGUGGCUUCCACGAUCGCCGCCGUCCAGGUUAACCCUCUCCCAGCUCCGCGCAACAUUACUUGGGGCAAUUCGGGCCCAAAACCACUGUCGGAUGUCACUUUGCGUGCCGAACGAGAUACAGAAGAUAGCGUCCUCACAAAUGCGUGGGAUCGCACCUGGGAAACAAUUAUUUCGCUAGAUUGGACCCCCGCCGGAGUCGAAGCACCCAUUCCUAAAUUCGACGAGUUUCCGACCUCGACUCCAUCUGCUAGUGCCUCUGCAAGUGCUGCUGCUAAAAGGAAGCGCGACGCAGUGCCGCUGCGCUUCGUCGAUGUGGAUGUCGAGGAUUGGAAUGCCGAUUUACAGCACGGGGUGGACGAAUCCUAUACUCUUGACGCUAAAGAUGGCUCGGGAGCGAUUGAGAUCACCGCGAAGACCGUCUGGGGCGCUCUCCACGCUUUCACUACACUCCAGCAGUUGGUCAUUUCGGACGGGCAUGGAAGACUGAUUAUUGAGCAGCCGGUUCACAUUGAGGAUGCGCCUCUCUAUCCGUACCGCGGAAUCAUGGUUGAUACUGGUCGCAAUUUCAUCUCUGUGCCCAAGCUCUACGAGCAACUGGAUGGAAUGGCACUGUCGAAGCUCAACGUCCUCCAUUGGCAUUUGGACGACACCCAGUCAUGGCCUGUGCACAUCGACGCCUACCCGCAGAUGACCAAGGACGCAUACUCCACCCGUGAGACCUACUCACACGAUGAUCUGCGCAAUGUUGUUGCAUAUGCCCGCGCUCGUGCAAUCCGUGUGAUUCCCGAAGUCGACAUGCCCGCUCACUCCGCAUCUGGAUGGCAGCAAGUUGACCCUGAGAUCGUGGCUUGUGCGAAUUCCUGGUGGUCCAAUGAUAACUGGCCGUUGCAUACUGCAGUCCAGCCGAACCCCGGACAGCUCGAUAUCAUCAACCCCAAGACUUAUGAAGUCGUCCGAAAUGUGUACGAAGAGCUUUCGGGCAUCUUCGACGAUAACUGGUUCCACGUUGGUGGCGACGAGAUCCAGCCAAACUGUUACAACUUCAGCUCGUACGUUACCGAAUGGUUCCAGGAGGAUCCUUCGCGUACAUACAACGACCUCAUGCAGCACUGGAUCGACACCGCCGUACCAAUCUUUGAGAGUGUCAGCGAGUCCCGACGCCUAAUCAUGUGGGAAGACGUUGUCCUCAACACCGAGCACGCCGACGACGUCCCAACAGACAUCGUCAUGCAAAGCUGGAACAACGGCCUCGAAAACAUUGACAAGCUCACCGAGCGCGGCUACGACGUGAUCGUUUCUUCCUCAGAUUUCAUGUAUCUCGACUGCGGCCGGGGAGGCUAUGUCACCAACGACGACAGAUAUAACGUGCAGGAUAACCCGACCCCCGACACCCCCAACUUCAACUACGGCGGCAUCGGCGGGUCCUGGUGCGCCCCUUACAAGACAUGGCAGCGCAUCUACAACUACGACUUCACCCUCAACCUCACCGACGCCCAAGCAGAGCACGUCAUCGGCGCCACCGCACCGCUCUGGUCCGAACAGGUCGACGACGUCAACGUCUCCAACCUGUUCUGGCCCCGUGCUGCAGCCCUGGCAGAGCUCGUCUGGUCAGGAAACCGCGACGCGAAUGGCAACAAGCGCACGACGCUUUUCACCCAGCGCAUCCUCAACUUCCGCGAGUACCUCGUUGCGAACGGCGUCAUGGCUGCCACCUUGGUUCCGAAGUACUGCCUCCAGCAUCCGCAUGCUUGCGAUCUGAAUUACGACCAGACGGCCCUUUACUAG